CCCGCCUUGGCUUCCUUGAUAUGGAGGCGACUGCCACGAGGGAUGAUGUCCCAUAGCACGCUCAGGGUGAGUCUUGUGCACAUAUUUUACUGAUGUGAUUCUGCAUGCAGGCACGGCGUAUCUCCGUGUGGGCCCAUCUCGUUCUACCGUCGGUUAUUUAACAUGAGCUCCCCUUUUCUGUAUGGACCAUCGCUUCACCAGCCCAAGCGCAUGUACGACUCGACGCGCCCUCUUCAAGGCUUCCGUUGCCUUUGCAUCCGGGCGUCACGAGCUCCGCACGCUGAACAUCGGGUGACCGAACAUCAACAACGAUGAAUGGCUCCAGAGAGACGCGCCGGUUACGAGGAUGAUCUAGGCUCUGUACCGUUCGCUGCGGUGCGAGGCUGAAGCAUUGCGCUCUCCUAGUAUCUCAAUUUUUUGUUAGGUGUGCUGUGUAUGUGUACACGCGAAGACAAAACAGUCCGAUAGGAGCUGAGAUUGAAGUUACCUGUAUGGCUUCCGACAAACACCUGGUCCAUCUCGAGCUCGCCGUGUCACCCGCAGGCGAUUUGCUCUUGUACUUCAACCCAUAUCUUCCAUCGACGACCUUGCGAACUCUUGGCACCCCACGCAUUCGGUUUCACCCGCCGCGCAGUCCCCGGCGCUUCCAUGGGAGGUCAUCCAAAGGGUCGUCGAUCUCUGCUCCGGCGACAAGACGGUCGUGCUGCAAGCCUUCGCCCUCACCUGCAGCCAACUGCAGCCUCGUAGCCUCUUUGUUCUCUCCAGUAAUGUGGACAUACAGAGCGCGAAACAGCUCAUUCAGUUCUACAAUGCUGUCCAAGCCCAGCCACACCUUCAGCCUGUCGUGCGAUCUCUGUCUUUGUCGUGGAGUGAAGUCUCUUCAUUCCCCUUGCUGUCGAUCCUCCCUUGUCUCCACCGUGUCACAUUCAACGGGCUCUCUUUUGUGAUCGGGAUCGAUACUCAACUCCCCCAGUCCACUCUGCCUUGCGGCAGGCAAUGCUUGUCUGGCCUUCGGAGCCUGACUAUCCACGGUGCCAGGUUCCAAACGCGAACCGCCUUCCUUCACUUCCUAUUAGCCUUCCCAUACGUCGAACACCUCACCUGCGAACGUCUCUCGUUAUACGCUGAUACUCCUCUGGGAGAAGGUGACUUGUCCCGUCGAUUACCGCUGCGAACAUUGAAUAUACUUCAAGAUGUGGAUCAAGACAUCACAGAGGUGUUGGUUCACGUUGUCGCUAGUACGCCUGUGAAGGGGGAACGUACUUAAUCAUCAUGCGUCCCACCUCUUCAAUCAGGCGAUGAUCGCCAGACCUCCUUACGAUGGUGGAUAAGAGCCAAGACCGAGAGCCUCCGACGUGCCGUCCACGUCUUGCCUAGGUCAAAGCAAACAGCGGUAACAGACGUCACUUUGGUACUCUGGCAUCAUAACAUUGGGUAUCUACGCAAGGAAUGUCGUCAAGCUGCCAACCUGGAGCUCUGUGCAGCCCUGGACAACGUCCUGCUUACGUACCCGUCCCAUCGCGUGCUAUUGACGGUCCCUGGUCUCCCAUUCCAGAAUGUCCGGAAGACGAUCUCCUGGUCGAACGAAAUCAACGGGUGCUUCCGUCCACUAAGUAAGAAAUGGGCGAUGGCUGAAGACGCCAGAUUCUCUGGCAAGCCCGGGCAUGACUCAAUGGUCACCGCACUUGUCGUCUCCUCGGACGGGCAGUUUGUAGCGACAUCCUCCACGGAUACCACCAUCAUCCUCUGGGAUGCGAGUGGUUUGCCCACGAUGAUCGUGUCCUGGAUCUCGCGUUCUCACCGGACGGCCGACACCUCGCGUCCGCAGGUGAAGAUGGGAAGGUCGCGAUCUGGGACAUUAGCGGCAACCCACACCAAGUCGCCUCUCUCGAGGGUCACGUUGCUCCCUCGAAACGCUGUGCGUGGUCCAGCAACGGCGCUUCCAUUGCAUCCCGAGACGGCGAGAACACUGUACGAAUGUGGGAUGGACGAACAUUCUAGCCGCUACACCUAAACAGCGCCAACCAGACAACAAAGAUCAAGCCUCUGUUCUCCCAUUACAGCGACAUCGCAAGAACAGUGACCCCCUCACAGCCGCAUUUAGUCGCUCGAGCACACGCGUCGCUGUUGGAUACAAGAAUGGGACGAUCCGCGUUUGGGACAUGGCGACUAGACGGGAGCAUCUGUCCUUGAAGGCGCACAAGGUUAGGGUCGUCGAUGUGGCCUUUUCCCCGGAUGAUAGGCUGCUGCUCUCGGCGUCGGACGACCACACGAUGGGGGUAUGGACUGCGCGCACAGGUGCCAUGCUCCAGUCUCUCAAGGGACACGAGGACUGGGUAUACCAGGCGUGCUUCUCCCCGUGUGGGAAGUAUAUCGCCUCUGCAUCUUGCGACAACACAGUGCGGGUGUGGAGGACGAGCGAUGGAUCGUGCUUGACGGCGCUCCCCUACCACGGUGACUGGGUCCAGCAUGUUUCAUUCAUCCCAGACGUGGCGAUGUUGUGGUCCGCAGCACGCAAUGGAACUGUCUUUGGUCGUCGUUUACAGGAUGUCAGGCGAAGAGGGCUACGGAACUGGUUUGACAUGGAGGGUGGAGGCA